ACUUUAUAAACAACACAAGGUCAAGCAAACGUUUUGUUGCUGAGCUAGCAAGCUUACCACAACAACAAUGUCGAAGAAAUACUGCAGCGUGGAGGGAUGCAAGCAAAAGAAUGUGACUCUACACGUUCUUCCUAACAACGUUACAAUUCGAGACCAGUGGUUACUCUUUGUUUUUUCUGAAGGGCCGGAGCGUUCCAGGAAGAAUGUGUUCGUUUGCUCGGCUCAUUUUACCACCGACUGCUUCCUCAAUUUUCAGCAGUACAACGCCGGUUUCAGCAAGAGAUUACUCCUCACGGAUGGAGCAAUCCCCACACUCCAAGAUUCCCAACCCGGUACAUCACAGCACGUAUUGGCCACCUAUAAACACGUGGGGACCCAAACAGACCCUCCAGCUACAAGACCGGUUGCGACACAACUUUCCAAGGGGACUCUGAGGGAACAUGUGCGAAGCAAAGGCACGCAGGCCACAGUCACUUGCAGAAACAUAGGGGUUGGCUCCGGCACAUUUGGGGAGUCUGCAAAGUCUUCAACACCAGUCAGAGGGAAUGUCAGCUUUGUCCAAGGCAAAAGACCAGCCAAAAGACCACGUGUCGUGAAACUGGAGGAUGAGGAUGCAUCUUUUGACAUUCCUGAGCCUCACGACUCGACAUACAACCCGCAGGACUCUGUGACUGCUGUGACAGAGACAUCACAAAUGUCAUCCACUCAAAGCCCUUCCUAUGGUGAAAAAAAAUACAUCGUCUAUGGAAGCUGCCUCCUCAAGCUCUUCGAGACCUGCCCAGUGUGCCAACGGUUGUGUGAAAUCACCCCAAGAAGUCGAGGAACUUUCGUGGCCAUUGAUCAACUCUGCAGAGACUGCAGCUUCUUUAGACAAUGGAAGAGCCAGCCAGUUUGUGGAAGCACCCCUGCAGGGAACAUUCACCUGUCUGCUGCAAUUUACUUCUCUGGUGCAUCUUUCUUCCAGCUGGAGAAGAUAUUCAAGGCAAUGCACAUCAGUGUCUUCCAAUAUGACACAUUUCGAAGACAUGCAAGCAUGUACCUGGAACCCAGUAUCCUCCAUAAAUGGAAGAUAGGCCAGGAGGUGCUUCUGCAACAGCUAAGCCAAAAAGACAGCAUCAUCAUUGGAGGUGACAUGAGGACAGACUCACCAGGACACUCUGCAAAGUAUGGCAGCUACAGUGUGAUGCACCUUGAGAGAAACACAAUAAUUGACAUCCAACUGGUGCAGAGCAACGAAGUUGGCGGGAGUUACCACAUGGAGCUUGAGGGCCUAAAAAGGAGCCUAGAACACCUCGCAGAAAAUGGUAUAACACUGGACUACAUUGUCACCGACCGCCACCCACAAGUCCAGAAAUACCUAAAGGACAAUGACAUCAAGCAGUUUUAUGACAUCUGGCAUCUUGAAAAAGGCUUAUCAAAGAAGCUUGACAAGAUAGCCAAGGACAAAGACUGCCAAAUCCUAAAGAAGUGGCAGCGAAGUAUCAAGAACCAUGUGUACUGGACUGCUACAUCUUCCAGCUCUGGUCCAGAGAAAGUGGCGAGGUGGAUGUCUCUCGUAAACCACCUCCAAGAUGUCCACACACAUGAAGACCCCAUCUUCCCCAGGUUUGAACAUCCAGUGACGCCAACAACUGCCCGGAGCAAGUGGUUUGAGCCAGGUUCAAAAUCACUCUACAAAGUAGAGAAGGCCCUGCUAAACAAGAGGGCCCUGAAGGACGUGGAGAAGUUGAGCCUGCAAAACCAGACUUCAUCUUUGGAGGCGUUUCAUAGUGUUAUCCUAUCGUUUGCCCCUAAGAAUGUUGUCUUCCCAUUCAUUGGAAUGCUUUGCAGGUUGUACCUUUCUGCAAUGCACUUCAAUGAGAAUGCUGAUCGCACUCAGGAAACUACCUCAUCAGGGAAGCCCAUCUACAAAAUAAAAUUUCCAAAGGCAAAUAGGGGGCAAUGCACAGCAAAGCCAGUUAAAACAGGGACAGAUAAAACAGGGCCAACAUACGGUUACAUCCAAGAACUUAUGGAUGUCCUAUUUCACCAAGUUUUUCACAAUCCGGAACCAUAUGUUGAGGAGGUUCAGAGGAUCAACGUCCCUGAGCCGCUGUCCUCUCAGUACAUGCAACAACCAAAGGAAGAGGUCAACCCUGGCGAUGUCAGUUGUUUCAGUCAAGGGGCAGUCUGAAACCAACAUAACUGUUGUUUGUACACAUCAUCGGAGAACUCCUCACAUAUGCGAAGGACUAUACACGAGAGUGUCUAUGGAGUCCCUAUGCCUUAUCGUCCGCAGAUCCUGGACCCGCGGCCACAUCGUGGAUUAUGAUGGUGGAUCGCGUAUCAGAGAUCGUGAUCGUAAUGGCGCAUCCUGUAUCGUGCUGGCAGAUCAUGAUAAUAAUGGC